AUGCUCUCACGUGUUGCUGCAGUGGAGACACCCCGUACACACAACCGUCGCCGCGUGACCGGAUCCAGCGGAAGGAGGAGGGGAGGAGGAGAGAGUGAGCGGCAGAGACCCAACAUGUCCCGGCGUGUGUUUGCUUCCGCGGUGUUGCUCCUCCUCGUCGUGAUGAUUUUCUGCGCCACCUGUGGAGCUACGCAAGCUGCUGUGGAGCCGUCGUCUGAUCCGAAGUUUGAAUGGAAGGGCAUCAGUGAAGGUGAUGUAACUGUGGAGUCGUUGGGUGCUCCCGGCCUUUUGAAAGUGGGGAGUGACGUAUUUGCCGUUGCCGAGGCGCAGUGCAAGAAUGGUGAGGGUGGAGACAACACCUUUACUGGCAUUGCAUCCCAAGUUAUCACGAACACAGCAGGUAACGAACCGAAGGAAGUGCUGAAGGAUGCCAGGGAGAAAACACAAUUUCUGGAGGAAGGCACUUCUCCAGAGGCGAAAAAAGUAGAUGUGAGUCGACCAACAGCAGUUGUGAAUGGAAGCGAUAUUUACAUGCUUGUUGGGAAAUACAGCCGUAAUGGUGGUCAGGAGAGUGGUGCAGGUGACUGGGGACUAUUGCUGGUGAAAGGGACAGUCAGUGGUGAAGAAAGUAACAAACAAAUUGACUGGAAAGAUACCAACGCUGUGCCGAAGACACCUUUGGGCGAACAACUUUCAUCCUUGACAGGACUGAUUGGCGGCGGUGGAUCGGGUGUUAAGAUGGAGGACGGUACGCUUGUGUUCCCAGUGGAAGGCAAGAAGGAUAAGGAUGACAACGGAAAGGAUGAAAAAACCGUGUCGCUGAUUAUAUUAAAGGAUGCAGAGAGUUGGACGCUGUCGAAGGGGAUGUCUGACGGUGGCUGCAGUUAUCCCUCCGUCGUGAAGUGGGAGAAGGACAAACUCUUGAUGAUGACUGCGUGUGGUGAUGGCCGCCGCAGGGUGUACGAGUCCGGUGACAAGGGGGAGUCGUGGACGGAGGCACUCGGGACACUCUCGCGCGUGUGGGGCAGCAAACAGGACGGAGAAGCGAAGGCCGUUGGGAACGGGCUCACCACAAUGACUCUUGACGGUGUUGGAGAUGAGCAGAAAAAUGUGAUGCUCGUUACUCUGCCGGUGUAUCCCAAAGAAAAUGUGGAAAAGGGCGAACUCCAUCUUUGGCUGACGGACAAUACGCACAUUGUUGAUAUUGGGUCGGUAUCCGGGAAGGACGAUGACGUUGCCGCCAGCGCCCUGUUGUACAAAAGUGCUGGAAGUGGAGAUGAUAAUAAUGAGGAGUUGAUUGCACUGUACGAGAGGAAGGGCGAUGAGAAAGAAAAACCAUCGCCCGGUAUGGUCUCUGUGCGUCUGACCGAGCAGCUGCAGCGUGUGAAGGAUGUGCUGGCGACCUGGAAGGAAGUGGACGAACGUGUCUCCGAGCUGUGCCCUUCUGAGGGUGCUGUGCAGGCUCCCUCACCUUACACUGCCUGCAGCGCUACUGGUAAGAUCACGGAUGGGCUGGUUGGCUUUUUGUCCGGCAACUUCUCUGAUGGCAAAUGGAGGGACGAGUACCUCGGAGUGAACGCCACAGUAACUGGUGGGACAACAAAAGUAACAGAGUCUUCAGAUGGAGUGACGUUCCAGGGUGCGUGGGCGGAGUGGCCUGUUGGCAGGCAGGGGGAGAAUCAGCUGUACCACUUUGCGAACCACAACUUCACUCUUGUGGCGACGGUGUCCAUCGACGGUGUGCUGAAGGAGGGAGAUACCCCCAUUCCAUUGAUGGGUGCGACGAUGAAUGGCGAUGAUAAGACUGUUCUCCUGGGACUGUCGUACGACAGCGGAAAGAAGCGGGCAGUGUUGUGCGGUGGUGGACAGAAAAAGGACCACAGCAGCCCUUGGGAGCCAGGGAAAACACACCAAGUGGCCAUUGUGCUGCAGAACGGCACCCAGGGCUCCGCGUACGUCGAUGGUAAGCGUGUGGAGCACGAAACGUGCUCACUAAAAACUACGAAUUCUAAAGGGAUCUCACACUUCUUCAUUGGAGGGGAUGGAGGCAGCACAAAGGGCCAAGAAGGCUUGUCUGUGACUGUGACGAAUGUCCUGCUGUACAACCGUCCUUUGGAUGACGAUGAGAUUGCAGGGCUUGCCAAAAAUACAAUUACUAUUCCAAAGCUGGAAGAUCCGAAGAAAUCGGCGACACCUCCUCGUUCACCAGCGGUAAGUGGAUUACCUGUGGAAGGAACCGUGUCUCGAAGUAAUUCUGCCGGGCAACUGCCGUCGGAGCAGGAACAGCCGAAGGGGAGCAAUGGUGCGCGUGCUGGCGGCGCAUCCACACCAGCGACUUCUACCGCCGCGACUUCUUCAGGAAAGGAGCCCGUAAACCAGCAGACAUCUGGAACCUCUCCCAGUGGAAACAAAAAUGUGGAUGUCUCUUCCUCGUCUGACGCCGACCCAACGGUGGUGACAGGGAGUGGAGAAACGGUGCAGGGAGAUGGAUCACCCCAAACUCCUGAGGUGAGCAUGAGCUCUGGUGAGGAUGGGGAGACGACGGAAGGAACGGAUGCGCAGGGAGAGGAGGGAAUCCAUCCACAGGCCGGGGAAGUAAAGUCUGCGGCACUCAGCAGUAGUCUCGGAAAUUCGUCGCAGGGGAAUAACAGCGAUGCGUGUACUGUGCGUGGGAGCAGGGCGCUGCCGCUGCUCCUUCUGCUGUUGGGACUGUGGGGGUUUGCGGCUGUGUGA